UUAGCUUUUGAAGCGUAGGCUCAUCCGAGAGCUUGGUGAAUUUGAUUUGAUUCCUCCCUCAAUUUUGACAUGGUCAAAGCUCCCAAAGGUUUGUCUAUUACUUGGCCUCAACUAGCAGACGUGGUCUGCUUCAGACCAAGGCAUUUAUGCGGAGUAUAUCUCUUAGGAAAGGCGGAUGGAAGUAUGGAACACCCUUCUACCAACCCAGAGGCAGGUUGUACGUGCCGUGUAAGGAAUAAAUGUAUUUAGAUUUUGAUGAUGCUAGAUUUAUUAGAACCUUAGUAUACCCCUAUUAGAUUUGAUGUAUUAGAAUUUUUCUAAGUGUAAGCAUUCUAGAGUAAUCGACUGACAAAAGACCUCCAGGCCCUCUGCUGAACGUUUACUAAACAGAAGUGCUCGAGGCCCUCUGAGACUGCCCCUCUGUAUACAGCAACAUAAGUCCUCAUACUUAUCUUUCUCAAGCCUACUUAGCCGGUUUCUUAAUGGAAUCUUUCCUAACGGCUAGGAGCUCCAUCAACGAAAUUGAUACACGACAGUGCAUUUAAUGCUCAUUUAAUGAGCUCUAUGCUCUGAAGAGUUAAAGCUGAUGAUUGACCGAGAUUCCAGGGAAACCUUAUCCCAAAAGAGCAACCUUGCGGGUCCAACCGGUCAACUUCACUGUACGCGCAUUUAAUGAAGAUUGUUUUCUUCCUCCAACGGGAAAACAACCCUAGUAUAUACGAAGUAUAUAUGAUACUACAUGAAGAACUACCCGGAUAACUUUUUGCUCUCACUACAACUCAAAAAGCUUUCUUGAGAUUCGAACUCCAUCUUCCUCAACAAGAAAAGCUUACGUUGGAAAGAUAACAUUUUCUCAUAUUCUUUCAUCCAACUAAUAGCAAAGUUCUUCCAAGUUCUUCAACACUUCAAGCACCUCAUUACACAUCCUUUGUAAUGAAGCAAGUUGGAGAAAACCUUGAUCUUAACAACUUCUGUUAAAGAAGGACGUCGAAGUAACUGGAGUAGUGAAGUGGGUAUACUUCAAAGAAGCUCUGUGAAAGGACCAGUCUUAAAGGAAGCAAGGAAGUGCAUCCCAGGAGACAUCUACACUUGAAGAAGACGUGGAGAGCUUCUUAAGUGUUAGGUCUUAAGCGUUGUAACUGAUUUCUUACAAGAUUUAGCAUGCCUUUUAUUUUCCCACAUUAUUUUUCCUUCCAAAUUUCUUCUGUGCUUCGCUCCUCUUGUUUCCCCCCAGUGGUUUCCAUGUUCAAAACAAACCUUUUGGGAAUUUAGGAUUCUCAGGAAUAUCCUAUUUUCUAAGGUGUGUUUGUGGGAAGGGGUUUAGAACUAAAAAGUUUGGACUACUUUGGAGGGCUAGUUCAUAUCUUAAUAUCUCUGCUUUUUUAAAAUCCAAAUACUUACAUUAUACUCCAUAUGACUGUAUGUUAUAGUGAAAUAUUUUAAUCACAUUUUAUAUGUAUUUAGAAACAUAAAACCUUCUUCUCCUCCCCCAAAGAAAAACCUUCCUCUCCUAACAAAUUUAAAACCCUCCAUGUAAAAAGCCAUUCCAAACAGGUUAGUGCUUUGAGAAUGACUGUGAUGAACUUUCAGUGUUAAGAUGAGUCCAUCUGAAUUCAUCCAAGGACAACAACCAGCUCUCACAGUGCAGUCAGCAGGUCAUGCAUUGCAUGUCUUCGUCAAGGGGCGAUUCUCAGGUCCAAUUGCAUUCUUUCAUUGUGAAAUCCUAAUAAAUUCUUAUUUUUGGGUCUCUUUGGGCCUAGGAAGUUGCUAGGGAUAGGGAACAAGAAAAAAUUGGGGAAAUUUGGAAGAAAAGAAAACUCUAAGGGAAACUAAAUCAUGUGCUUAAGCUUAAUAUUUUUUAUAUAUUUGUUUGAACUCAUUGUAUUUACCUAUUCCCAUUAUAUAAAGACUAAAAGAUGCAAGAACAACUAAGAAAAAAUAUAAAAAGUAAGACGUAGUAAUACUUUUCAUUUUUGGUGGUAAAUCACCAAACUGAACAGAAGAAAAUGAGUUUUCUUAACAAUCUCCCCCUAGCAUUUUUCAGGAUCCAAACGUAACCUUAGUGUAAAACAAUUAGAAGCUCCACACACAUUGUCUUGAUUGAAUAGCAGGGUCAGCUUAUGGAACUAAAGAUCACCCAGAGUUCAAAUAUACACUGAAUGUCGCAUUGCAAUCUGGAGUGAACAAAAUUUCUCUCAGUGUAGCAAUUGGAUUGCCGAAUGAUGGUGCCUAUUACGAUAGACGGCACACAGGAAUCAUUGGACCCGUCGUAUUGCGUGGACUACCCAAUGGACCUAGGGACUUAUCUUGGCAGAAAUGGUCUUAUCAGGUAGGUUUGAGAGGUGAAGCAUCUAAUACCCGCUCAAGGGAAGACAGACCGCUUGGAGAAUUGAGUGUGAUGAGAUUUGAGUUUCAGUGUGGGAUAUUUUCUGGCUUGGAAAUGCCAUUAUCUUCAUCCUCUCUUCUAUAAAUACCUACUCUGCCUUCGACCGUCAUACCUGCGUACACACCCAUAUUUAUUCCUUCGUCACUGCAAAAACCAAAAGAGAAGAAAGCCAAACCUUCUCUUCAGAGAGAGAGAGAGAACGGAUGAUAAAGAAAGUCGGAACCAUCUCUCUGUACCACGCAUCGCCGGAGAAGGGGGGAACGAACGCCGGAGCUUUUGCCAGACUGGUCUUGACGCCGGAAAACGAUGAAGAGGCCGGAGGUCGCCGCAGAUUACUUCUGUAACCAAGUAUCAUGGAGGAAACAAUUUUGGAAGAACAGCAGGAGGUCCCUUUCUUACUACUAGCUAUGAUUAUGAUGAUGCUCCUAUUGAUGAAUAUGGUAUAAUUAGACAGCCCAAGUAUGACCAUUUGAAGAACUUUCACAAUGCUAUUAAGUUAAGUGAGAAAGCUUUAGUCAAUGCUGUUCCAACUAUCACACAAUUAGGAAGCUACCAAGAGGCACAUGUAUUUUCCACGUCUGGAGAGUGUGCUGCUUUUCUCUCAAAUUUCCAUCUGAAUUCAUCAGCCACUGUGACAUUCAAUAAGAAGCAAUAUGCACUUCCACCUUGGUCAACCUCGAUUCUUCCAGAUUGCAAGAAUGCUGUAUUUAACACUGCCACGGUGGAAGUGAAGAAAUCUGAGGUGCAGAUGUUGCCCACAAACAUUCCAACGCUCUCCUGGGCAACAUUUACUGAAGACAUAUUUAAUGAAGAUAGUGAUUCAAAGCUUACUGUUAGUGGUCUGUUGGAGCAAUUAAAUGUCACCAGGGAUACCAGUGAUUAUCUCUGGUACAGCACCAGGACCUCAUGCUGCUCCUACUGCUGAGAACGUGAACAAAAUAACCAGUAACCGUGAGGACGGCAACGGCAUAUCAACUCCACUGCCGGGUUUCACUCCAGAGCAAUGGCAAACUUUGCUUUCCAUUUUCGGAAAUUCACCCUCCCCUAAUGAUCACAUGGCCGGAUCGUCUCUCGAAGAGGUUGAUUGGAACGGGUGAACGGAGGAAUGGACUGUAUUAUCUGCGAGAGGAACCCACAGCUCAUAUUUUAGCAAUCAAAGACUCCAACAGUUCAAUGGUUGAAUUAUGGCAUCAAAGGUUGGGACAUCCGUCAUCUCAAGUUAUUGAAAAAUUGGCUCCUGUAAGUGGUUUGAAGCAUACCAGAGGUCUUCCUUGUGAUGUUUGUUUUAGAGCUAAGCAAACUAGAGACUCUUUUCCCACUAGUUUGAAUAAAACUCAUGAACCAUUUGAAUUGGUUCAUUGUGAUUUAUGGGGUCCUUAUAACACUCCUUCUUCCUGUGGUGCCCGACAUUUUUUAACCAUUGUGGAUGACUAUUCUCGUGCUG